CCUCUAAUUUCUACUUCCGGUGUCGAAAAAAAAAAUAAGAAAAGAUAACAUUGACACUGAAAAAACGUUAAGAAGCCUCAUUUAGAAUGACAGUAAAUUGUUAUUUUUUGAUAAAUGUUUUAUCUGAAUAACAAUGGUUGGGGUUUUUGCUGCAGCCACUGCCCGACUGACCCCAGAAUUUGUUGAAAGUUUCGACCCAGAAAAACUAGCUGCAAAGUUUGUUAGAGUAGAAAAAGAAUUUGGAGUUAAAUUUACAAAGUCAAAGAGCACAUUUAACAUCGUAGGUCACUGGGAAGCAGUGAGAAAAGCACGCAAGAGUUUAUUAAAAUUGAAGAAUAAUGAAAAGUGUGAAAAGUGUACAAAGAGAAAUGAGGAGACGGCACUAACAGUAGGAGACGCUCCAGCACAUGGAACAACAGAGGCUUUAGAUGAAAACAGCUUUAAUAAUGAUGAAGAUGUUUCUCAAGCACCACAGAGGCAUCUCACACCAAAUAAAGAGCCACCUCUGGUUAGAGGAAAAGGUAAUCCAAAAAGAGGGAGAUUUACAACAAAGGAGAGUCUGUAUUCAGCAGUUCCUGAGCCUGUUUUCUUCCUCCAGUAUCAAGAUAAAACAUUUGCUGAUGCUGGCAGUCUGGACAUUGAUUCUGUUCUUGAAGACUUCGAGAAAUCACAGCACAAUAAGAAGGUGACAAAAGAACAACUCAAGAAAAUUUUAGAGAAAAACAAAGAUCAAAUGGGCAAACCUCUAGAAAAAGGAAUCCCAAAGGGGGCAAUAGUGCCAGCUCCUAAAGUAACUGAGCAAAGUUGUGACACUUUUGUUGUAGAAGAUAUGUUAAACCCAAUACCAGUGUCUUCUGUCGCUUCUUCAGGAAUAUUUGGAAUGCCAAUGAUUUCCACAGAUCCAGCUGCCAAUAACUCUUACAGUUAUAUGGGCAAUGGACAUGCCACCACCAGUAUAGAAAUGUCAAAUCAGUUUGACUCGCAGAUGAUAACAACAUACUCAGUAAAUGCCAAAAUGUCUACAGAAAGUCCGGGAAUGGUAGUGUGCAAUAAUCAAGUAAAUAAUCAAGGCGCUGUUGCAGUUGAACACUUGAGUAUUUCAGAUUUUUACAAUCAUCCAAAUGUUCAUAAUGGCAAAUUAGUAGCAGGGGUGUUUCCUGAUAAUCAGUGCAGUAAUACGGAACAAGUGCAGCUGUCAGACUUAGACUCGGGCUCUUUUAGUAGUAUGUUUGAAAAUUAUGAUCCUCAGGCAAUGUUGAACCAGAUUCCUGCAUCAGAAAUGACCAUGAAUCUUUCUGAAGGUUCAGGGACAAAACUGCAUCAGAUGGACAGCAAGUCUAUGAAUAAUGAUGCAGAAUUACAAGGUCAAAGUGCAUCUGAGGAUGUUGCAACAAAUAUAGAAAGAAAUUCCAACAUGCAAGAAAUGCAGUCAGACUUUCCAUCGUCCAGAUUGGCAGGUGGCCAUAGUGAUUGUGAUAGUAAUGCACUUAAAAUGGAAAUGAAUGGCUUUGAAGAAGAGGAGAGCUCAUCCUUUAGCAGUUAUACAGAUAUGUCAGAAAACCCAGAUGAUUUUGUUGCAAAAGGUUUCUCCCUUACAUUGUUACCAAGUGUUGAAAAUAACUCAUCUGCCCUUCAUUCAAGUAUUGAUACUGUUUCCAUGGCAGCAAGUGUUGCUUGUAAAACCAUUGAUACACCUGAUUCUAUAUCAUCAGACGUUACCAGCAAGAAUAGCACUUUGGUUUCUAGUAUAACAACACUUCAGACUAACCCCAAUGUCUUCCUGAAAUCUAUGCCAACUGGAGAGGAGUUGAUGCAAGGUAUGCAGGUUGCCAUGGCAACAGACACACAAAGUUCACCAUACUCUACAAAAGAACAAUCUCUUGGGCCUGUCCAAAUAUCUGAUGCAUUUCAGAAUGGUGUAGAUAUAUCAGAGAAGGUUUCAGGCUCUGUUAGAUUGCCAGAUGCUAUUAUAUCACAAGUGAAAGAUAUUGCCAUAGCAAAGGACAGUCAAGAGCAGCCAAAUACACAAGUUGAAACUAAUUUCAUUGAUGAAGCAGCUGAUAAUACAACCAGAUCUGUUGAUAAAGAUGAAGAGGACAGUAAGGUAGAGGAGGCAUAUGUUGGACUGACGUCAGAACAACAUGAUAAAAGUGUUAGUGAAGAGACAUUUAGCACACCGAAUGGCAGUAGUGGUGGAAAUAAUACCAAGAAAGCCAGUGGAAAGAGUAAAACAAAACAGAAUCAAGAGAAAACAGCAAAGGUAUCACCGCUGAAGAUAAAAAAGUCGAGACUUCCUGGCACCACUAAAGUUAAAGAAAAAACAAAAGGGAAUGUGGAAAAAUUAAAGCAGAGAAAAGGAAGAAAGGUGAAAUCUAAGGAAGAUGGAAAUAAACAGGAAAGUGGUAGUACUCCUUCUGAAGAAAGCACAAUUAAAGACAUUGCAAGGAAUGUGUCAGUAGAGAGUGCACAGAAGCAGACAGACUCUGAGAAACCUGAACAAUCAUUGUUGAACAGGAAGAAAAGUUCUGGCAACAAACAAAAGGAAAACAACACAGUUAAACAAAAAGUUGAUAAAUCAGCCCUCGAAAUGAAAGAGAAGCAGGUUUUUAAAUGUACAGAAUGUGAUUAUCAAGGUUUCCGAAAGAAGAGACUGUCUGAACAUAUGGGACGUGUCCAUGGACUCUUGUCAAAUGGAUCAAUGCCUGAGAAUCCUAUGUUCUCGUGUGAUGAAUGCGAUAAAACAUUUGUGUUUGAGAAAGAUCUGUCUCGCCAUAAGAAGAUAGUACACCAUGGACAAAUAUUUGUUUGUUUGGUGUGUAACAAGAAUUAUAAAUCAAAGUAUGUGUAUGAUCGUCAUACGGCUACCCACGCUGAAGGGUAUGUUCAGCCAAAGUUCAAAUGCGAGAUUUGUGAGCAGGAGUUUACUACUAAGUUUUCACUCAGUUCCCAUAUUAAGUCUAAACACCUUGGUGUGAAAAAGACGUACAGUUGCCCUACCUGUGGGAAAACUUUCAGCCAGAUACGCUCAUAUAGACAACAUGCAAAUGUUCAUGCAGGAAUCCGUCCAUACACCUGUGAGAUCUGUGGUAAAUCCUUCACAUACGAUAAAUCACUGAAAGAACACCGUUAUAUGCAUGACACUGUGCGCAGGUUUCAGUGUACAGUUUGUCAGAAGGCAUUUCGGCAGCAAACAUGUUUACUGAUACAUAUGAAAACACAUAAGGAGAAAAAGGAUCAUAUAUGCAGUGUUUGUGGCCGUGAGUUUACACAGAAACAGUCUUUGCUACGACAUGAACGCAUACAUACAGGUGAUAAGCCCUAUUCAUGCAAGCUGUGUUUCAAAUCAUAUGGUGACUAUGCUGUCAUUCGCAAACAUAUUAUGAUGGCGCAUAAAAGUGGCAAGGACUCGUGGAAGGAAUAUGCUUUAACUGAGGAAAGUAAGCGUUCUAGCCACUACAUAGAUGGCGGGCCAGGGUACGUGCCACGGGAAUCGUAUGCAAAAAUAAAUCAGAAAAGUCAAGAAACAGUGAUUCCACCAGAUGUAUCAGUUGGUAACUUUAAUAUGAACAGUGUACAACAAGUUCCAACUCAGAUAAAUAACUCACUAUCACUGAGCUUGGACGAAACAUUAGAAACUGAAAAUGAAAGAAAACAGUCGAGCAGUGAUAUUUCAACGUCUAUUCAGAACAACAUUAUUUCCAUACAAGACAUAUACCAUGUGCCUUCAUAUUCAGAAACUUUGGAUUUUAGUAUCAUGGCACCUGUUAAAGUAAAACAGGAAGAUCUAGCAUCACAGGUCAACCGUGGGACUCUUCAGGGUGUAGGAACAGACGUGUUUGGUAAUGUUUGUUCACAUCAACAAAACUUGAACAUCAAAUCAUAUCUUUCUAGUCUGGCAGCAAAUCCUUCAGUGAAAGUUGCUGAAUCCAGUGGCGAUGCAUAUACUUCUCAGUUUCUAAACUCUCCAGAUAUUGCUUCCAACGUUGCCCUGGAAAAAUCUUCAGUUUCAGCCUCUAACGUUAAAGAUGAAUUGUUAAACUCUGGAGCAUCUGUUUCAAUUAGUGACUCGGUUGUUGCAGGUUCAUUGGUAACCACGGCAACAACAAACAACACCUGGUUGUAUCCAGGAUACCCUGCAGCUUACUUCAGUCCUGCUUCUUUUUCAAAUUAUCAGUCAUCGCCCGAUACAUAAAGGUGAAAUCCACCUGCUUAGUUCAGUUUAGAGACAGAGCAGUUCUAUAAAUUGUGUUAUCGUGAGUUUGAUCAGCGGGUGAGGUGUAGGUCCUCUGUAACACUGUCAAUGGGAAUCACUUCCUUAAUCUCUGAUUCAUUUGGAGAAGUUGAAAGUUACUUGCAGAGAAAAUAUUAGGUCUGGUACAAAAUCUGGGAACUCUGGGUAGGUUAACUUCUUUAGUUGGAUAACAAAACGGUGCAAGACCCCUAACAAACAAACAAAAACUUAAUAUUUUUCAUUUAAAAUUUGCUUAACUUUGUUAUAGCUAUGUAUAGACUGAGCACAAAAUUCUCGACAUUACUAGGUCGAUGAGUGUUCUGUGACAUUAUUUGGCAGACAAGAUGCAUCUUAAGUAAACCUUCUUCACCAUCCGAUUUAUUUGGCCAAAAUAUUUAACUGUGGUUAAAAAGAAAUCCAGAAGCGCUACUAGCAUAUAGAAAACUAAGUGUUGUAUUGGACCAGAAAAAAAUGUAGAAAACAGUACUGAGAUUCUAGGAUGUCCCAGACCCUUGUGGUCGUUCUUCUCUGUCUGCAUUUCGUGUUUGCCCUCGAUAACUGCUAGUACUUUAAUCCAACCAAGUACAUUUGUAUCACAGUUACGUAACUUUCAGUUAACCUAGCAAGUGUUACUGGACUCUGAACCAGUUUUUGUUACUGACAGAUAGCCAAUCAGGUCGUGUGGAUAUAGAGCUAGUGUGUUGUAUAAUAUAUAUUGAAGAAUAGCAAUGUAUUUGAGAGACUUUAGUCUUGCUAUAAAGAAGCCAUUGAAUAAAACUAAAUGGU